CUACGGUUCUAUGAAAUUCAUUAUUCAUGCAUCAGUUCAUUAAUUUAGAACAAUCAUCGGAUAUAUAAUUCAGAUCCAACUUUAGAUACCAUAAAGCAAAUACACCAAAUUGAAACUGACUUGACUUUUUGUUAUUUUAACAAAGGAAAAAAAAAAAACAAAGAGGAAGAAUAGGGGGGAACCCGGUUUAAUAAAAACUUUCAAUUUUCUGUUAACCAUAUUAAUCCUGAUUUCUUUCUCUCCUUCUCUCUUCUUCCUCAUCCUCUCUCACUCCGAUCCAGUCUAUUUCUCCUUUCUCUCUCCUUCUCUCUUCUUCCUCAAUUUAUUUCUGCCGCAUCAUCAAUAACACCGAGCAGAUGCGACCUGAUGGAAUAUUGAUGUUGAUGUUGUUCCCCAGUUCAUUCAUCAUCGUAGCCACCUACGAAUCUGCUUUCUCCGCCGUAGAUCUCGCCAAAGAUGGAGCUAUUAGUUAUUUAUUUGAGCAGAGUGUCGUGAUUUCCCGAUAUAAACCGGUGGAUCAGCCAGGAAGCGGCAUCAUCAGAAUGGUCUUCGAGGGAGCCGGUGUAGAGAAUGAUGAUCUGCUCCCAGAUGAGGCAAAUGAUGGGCUUGUUGGCGGCGAUAAGGGGAAAACCAAGGUAGCCGGCGUCGCCGUGAUCUUCGGCGUGAGGCGAGACGCGGAGGAGCCAGGAAACUUCGGACGAUUAGGGAGGAUGAAGAAGAAGAGAGAAAAAAGCACUCCCAAAUGUUGGGUCGACACUGCCAACGCGUGUCCAACGUGAAUUGGAGAGAUGUUGUAAGAUGUGGUGCUGGUUGAUCCACAAUCCAUCUCUGCUCUGUUGGUCGGGCCUAUUCGAGCGUACAUCUAGAGCUUCUUCUACAGCAAUUGCUGAUUUCUAUUUCUAUCAACUAAAGAUUCCAUGCAACCACUUUAAAAAAAUGUUUAAAAUCUUUC